AUGCGCGAGGAGGCCAGCGUUGCACUUUAUGGACGAAAUCGUUUCGUAUUUAUGGAUACAAUGGGGUGCCAGAGCAAACUCUUACAGUCCUUUCUACACUCCGUUGGGCCGGUGAACGCAAGUCUUAUGUCUCACAUCUGCGUAAUAUUUCCCUCUGUGAAGAGCGUCAAAGACGAGCUAGGAAAAUAUGCGCUCAAUGAAGAUGAUGUAAAUAGUCUGGAGCAUCUUCGACAAUUCACCAAUUUGACAACGUUAGAAACUCUACUGUAUAGCUUCAAUCCUAUAUGCGCAACCGAAGCGAACCAGGAUGCCCACCACUCACAAUUCGUUCAAGGCGCCUGCUCACAUGUUGAUACGCAACUGAGAAUCAUCAUACCAACACUGCGCAAAAUCAUCAUCGUAUGUCAUGAAAUGGUACCGAAGAGUGAGAUGGUGGAUUUAAUGCGCCGCUAUCGAUGGACGGUCUGGCGAACUGAUAAGAAUGGUAUGGUCAAUGGGCAAGAAUGA